UACUGUUCAACCUUUUGAUGUGCUCUUAAAAAGUAGCACAAAUCCAUAAAACGCCUCGCGAUCAACAUAAGCGGGAACACAACAUUCGAAUCCAUCUACUCGUUGCUAAGGUACAGUCCUUUCCUCUUCUCUUCAAAACAUGUCUAACUGGGCUUUUAAAAGAUUUGCUUUUGGAGAAGAAAACCCUCAAGCCUGCCCGGAGGUCCUCCUUUGCUGGACACAUCUUACAACCACAAGGGAGCAGUCUUUCCUUUGAUGAGGUCUUCCCUCCACCUCCACAGAAAUGGCAGAACAAGCGUAAGUUUGCACACCGUCUGAAAGAGAUUUCCAUUAGCCCUGGACGCCGGAAACCGCAAAGGACAGUCAAGUUUUGAUUUUCAAGGGGAAAGCCUUCGCUAAACUUUCGCUCAGCCGCCAGACCUGUUGGUUCCUGGGAGGGGCUCUUUGGAAACCUCGAAGAUUCCUACACUCUCGAAGACCCAGAGCGGUGGAUUACGUCUGUCCUGGAACCAGAAAUUAAAAGCCCGGCUGUGCCAGGCUGUCUGAAUGGACCAGCACCUACGCUUUGAAGAUCUGAAGUCUCGCCUUGCAAGAGAUCGGUCUCUGGGGUGAUUUGUUUGCUUCCCGGCGAGGGAUGGAGAAACGUAAGCCGGCCGGACUGCUGCCCCUGCGGUCGUGCCACCCCCGCGGCGAGCCCCUGCACCUGCCGGAGUCCCUGCCCCGCCUCCCCCUCGGGGACCCCUUCAGGGUCUCGUGGCGUCUCGACGCCGCGUGCCGGGAGCGGGCGCCCCGGGACUGCGCCGCGAGGCGGUCGUGCCCGCCGCUGCCGCUGGACCGCGCCUUCGAGCCCGCCUUCCUCCGCAGGCGCAACGAGCGCGAGCGGCAGCGGGUACGCUGCGUGAACGAGGGGUACGCGCGCCUGCGAGACCACCUGCCCCGCGAGCUGGCCGACCGGCGGCUCAGCAAGGUGGAGACGCUCCGCGCCGCCAUCGGCUACAUCAAGCACCUCCAGGAGCUGCUGGAGCGCCACGCCCGGGGGCAGGAGGGCCCCGCCGGCACCCGUCCCCCGCGCGCCGCCGAGUGCAACAGCGACGGCGAGUCCAAGGCCUCGUCGGCGCCCUCGCCCUGCAGCGAGCCCGAGGAGGCGGGCAGCUAGCGCGCGCCCGGCCCGGCCCCGGCCCUCCGCGCCCGCUGCAGCCUUGGAGCCCCUGCAAGGGUGGUUUGCAUUUUUGAGCUGGUUUUUUAAUCCAGGGCUAAAUUUUAGGAAAAAGAAAUGCGUGUCUUCGGCGGGGAACGUGUCUUCUGACCUUUCUGGCUGCCGCCCCCCGACCCAGGCCCCAACUGGGUAUGUGCCUGCAGACUUAAAGGUGCUUAUUAAGGAAACUCUCCAACGGUACUUCUCAAAUGCACACUGUACCGGAUCCUGAGCACCUCACUCUAAAAACUCAGAGGGCGAUUGGAAUUUCCCAGUCAGCGCCGUGGGUACGUUAUGCACAUAAAUAUUGACUUGAAGCCAACCUUCACCGAAGAACUUCCCAAAAAUGAAUAAAUAAAAGACAGGCCUUAAGACGAAAGGAACGUUUUUCCUGCAUUCCUUCCUUGGGGAGUUGUAUUUGAGAUUUAAUUGACACGGUCACUUUGGGUGAAGGGGACUCCAAGCCGGCACUUGAGCACCCACACAGAGCCCGCUGCUAGCCCAGCGCAGGCCUGGUGGUGGUGCGGGCCACGUGCUGAAUUUGAUACUUCCGGUUUUAUCAGAAAGUGGCCAUCUGGGGGGGCGCCUGGAUGGCUCGGUCGGUUGAGCGUCCGACUUCCGCUCGGGUCAUGAUCUCGCGGUUUGUGGGUUCGAGCCCAGCGUCCGGCUCUGUGCUGACAGCUCAGAGCCUGGAGCCUGUUUCUGAUUCUGUGUCUCCCUCUCUCUCUGUCCCUCCCCUGCUUGUGCUCUGUCUCUCUCUGUCUCAGAAGUAAAUAAACAUUAAAAAAAGUUUCUUUUUAAAGUGGCCAUUUGGAAACUUCGUAGCAUUUAGGCAAUAGUAACAUAUGUUAGUGUGCUAGAACUCAGAUUUGUAUAAAAACUUAUUUUCCUCUCCGUUGUUUUUGUCCACUGGUUUUUCAUUUUCCUUUUCCCCCUCCCCAUUUCUCACUCCACCUAACCUUUGGUUAAAUUAAAGUGACAUCCCUGACUUUAUAAAAAAAAAAGAAAAAAAGAAAUGCAUAGAUAGUGGAACAGGAUGGACUGAAGUUGGUAUGUUCUCAGACUUUCAUCCCCAUGAGGGCUUCUAGAUGUACUGGAAUUACCCAGUGACUUUGGCUUUGUUCUUAUAAGUCUUUGAAGAACAUUUAAUUCUGGUCAUUUUUGUCUUAGAAACUAUUAUGAUUUAAGUAGAUAUGUCAAGUGCUUGUUGACCUAUGAAGAUAAACUUCCUCUCUCUAAAGCUGUUUUUUUUUUUAAGUUUAUUUAUUUUGAGAGAGAGAGAGAGAGAAUGAGCAGGGGAGGGGCAGAGACAGAGAGAGAGGCGGA